AUGUCCAAGCUCUCGUCGGCCCUGGCGAGCCCAAUCAAGGGGGAAGACUACCGGGACAGCGAGCUUGCUGCUUCAGACGGCCAUGACGAGGGACGUCUGGAACGUCUGGAACAGGCGGCAGAAGCCAAGAGGCAGAUCGGCGUCGUGUCUGCCACAUUUCUGAUCGUCAACCGCGUCAUUGGCACCGGCAUCUUCGCGACACCCGGCGCCAUCCUCGCAUUGUCCGGCAGUGUUGGGCUGUCUCUGUUCAUAUGGGUUGCCGGCAUGCUGAUUGCGGCGGCUGGCACGGCCGUGUACUUGGAGUUUGGGACGGCCAUCCCACGAAACGGAGGCGAGAAGAACUACUUAGAGUACAUUUAUCGCAAGCCAAAGUUCCUGGUCACCGGCUUGUACACUGGUUACGUGGUACUUCUUGGCUGGGCCAGUGGCAACUCCGUCAUUUUCGGCGAGUAUAUUCUCCAUGCCGCGCAAGUCGAGGUUGACCGGUGGAACCAGCGCGGCGUCGGUCUUGCCUGCGUCACGGCCGCCUUCCUGAUUCAUGGAACGGCACUCAAAUGGGGCAUCCGGCUCCAGAACCUCCUCGGAACCAUCAAGGUUGUCAUCAUCCUCAUCAUCAUCAUCGGCGGCUGGGUGGCCCUUGGUGGACAUCUCAAGCUGCCUGAGGACCAGCGCCCGCACAACUUCACCAACGCCUUCGAAGGAACGACGGGCAGCGCAUAUGGUGUUGUCACAGCCCUCUACAAUGUCAUCUGGAGCUACAUUGGAUACAGCAACGCCAACUACGCGUUGAGCGAAACCAAGAACCCUGUUCGGACGCUGAAGAUCGCCGCACCGCUGGCCAUUGCAACCAUCUCGGUCCUCUACAUGCUUGUCAACAUCGCCUACUUCGCCGCGGUGCCCAAGGCCGAGAUCAUCGAAGCCCGGCGGCUCGUUGCCGCGUCGCUGUUCAGAAACGUCUUUGGCCCCGCUGCCGAACGCGCCUUGUCGGUGUUUGUCGCUCUCUCUGCCUUUGGCAACGUGCUCAGCGUCAUCUUCUCCCAAGGCCGCCUUGUCCAAGAGCUGGGCCGCGAGGGCGUGCUGCCCUUUUCCCGCUUCUGGGCCAGCAACCGGCCGUUCAAUGCCCCGCUGGCCGGUCUCUUUGAGCAUUGGCUGGUUUCCGUCAUCAUCAUUCUCGCUCCUCCGCCUGGCGAUGCCUAUGACUUCAGUCUAAACAUCAUCUCAUAUCCGCUAGCGAUUGUCAACACCUUUGUCGCGGCAGGGUUAAUCUACCUGUACCUGAACCGCAAGUCGUUGAACUGGAGCCCGCCCAUCAGCGCCACCCUCCCCGUCGUCGUCUUCUUCUUUCUCAGCAACAUCUACCUCGUCGUCGCCCCCUUCGUGCCGCCCGUCGACGGCCAGAACAUCUACAAGACGCUGCCAUACUGGAUCCACUGCGUUGUCGGCUUCGGUAUCAUUUUCGCCGGUGGCGUGUACUGGCUGAUUUGGGCUGUCGUUCUGCCUAAGAUUGGUAAAUACGAGCUUGUGCAGGAGACCAUUGUUGACGACAUUGACGGUUGGGAGAGGAGGGUGUUCUUCAGGCGGCCGAUUGGGGAAUCAAAGGCCCAACAAGGUGCGGGUAAUGUUGUUGGGUAA